AUGCCGAACAAACCAAUGCUUGUCUUUCUUGCCGCAAACUUCCUCUUCGUAGCCUCUGGCGGCCUCAUCCUCGCCUUCGCUCUCGUCUCUGAGCGCGAGAAGCGCGCACUGCCCACCAUUACCAACGUGGCGCAGCGCAUCCUCCUGGGCCAGUGCCCGCUCACCUCGGCCAUCGUCAACUCAAUACUGAUGUUUAUCACGUUCCUCAUCUCGUUGCUGGCUGUUUUGCUUCCUAACAACCGCGGCUGGCUGCGCGCACACGGCUGGCUUGUCGUGUCUUGCGCUUGCUUUACGCUUGGGCUGGGCCUGAGUAUCUGGUUUGGGACGCUGCAGACCAGAAGAGCAAUGGGUGAGACGUGGGCGGAGGAGACGAGUAUUACUCAGAGUUUGUUGCAACAGAGGUUCAACUGCUGUGGCUACACCAACAGUACCACCCCGCCGUUCGUCCAAGACGCAACCUGCAUCGAUUCGGUAGUCGCAGCCCAGAAAGGUGGUUGUGUUACGCCGUUCAGCGAUUUCGCCAACAGCUACCUCGAUAUUAUCUUCACGACGGCGUUCGGAGUUGUUGCUGCGGAUAUCAUCCUUCUUCUGUGCACAGCCAUGGUUCUCAAGCACCGCCAGGAGGUCGAGCGGUUCCGGUACAUAGACGAGAAAACAGGAUUCAGUGCUUUUUAG